GAACGAAGUAAUUCUGUUCCUGUUCUCUUUCUUGGGUAGUUUCAAACUCUGACGCGAUUAGUACCUUCUUUUAAUCAAAUCUAUGUGUGGAGGCUGUGAGAAGCAGGUAGCCAGACACCACUUUAUAGGCUCACUGAAAGGAAGUUGGGCCACCAUCAAUGGAGGACAAGUGUAGAAAUGAAGAGAACAAAGACAUUCAUAUUUCUAGAGAUGUGAAAGAAAUACGUACUUCUCCACACUUUCCCAUGCAACCUCUUCCACUAACCAUAAAAACUAACAAAUUUGUAGCCUUUGAAGAUGAUGAACCAGCAAUUCCCUAUUCUGGAAAUGACAUAUCUAAUGGAGGCAUGGAAGGAUUCUCAUCAAGCUCUGAAGGAGGAUCUCGUAAAAGGAAAAGUACUCCUACAAAAGUAAUUCAUGCUGUUCAUUCAGAAGACUUGCCAAAAAAUGUGGAAGAAGACAUCAAAGUUGAAUUGCCAUCACCAAAACCUAUCAGCCAAAUGAUAGACCUGAGCAAUGUAGGAUUUCAGCUGUUCAGAAAUUUUGAUCACCAAGACACUAUGUGCUUGAAGCACGAUCCCAUUAAACAUAACGUAAUGUGGCCUACCAGUCCUCUGAUGUUGCAUCCUUCUCAGCCGUACUUUGCCAAUGUUCCUCCAGAAUUCAUGCUUCCUUUUGUUAUGGCACCAUCAAGCCUGCAUCUAAGAUAUCCCCUUUUCCAAAAUACUCCUCUGAGCAAUCUUAAUGCCGCUACCACUAUCCCAGAAGAAAAGAAGAGUGCAGUUGAGCGAGUUGAUGUUAACAUUCAGAUUGAUGACAGUUAUUAUAUUGAUGUAGGUGGCAAUCAGAAACGUUGGCAGUGCCGAAUGUGUGAGAAGUCAUACACGUCCAAGUACAAUCUCGUGACACACAUUUUGGGACACAGUGGCAUCAAGCCGCAUGCUUGUUCUCAAUGUGGAAAGCUCUUCAAGCAGUUGAGCCAUCUGCACACUCAUAUGCUCACGCACCAGGGCACCAGGCCUCACAAGUGUCAUGUUUGCCACAAAGCUUUUACUCAGACCAGCCACCUCAAGCGACAUAUGAUGCAGCACAGUGACGUAAAACCAUAUAACUGCGGCAUUUGUGGGAGGGGCUUUGCUUAUCCAAGUGAGCUUAAAGCCCAUGAAACCAAACACACAAAUGGCCGUGAUAACAUCUGUGUUGAAUGUGGACUUGACUUCCCCACUCUAGCCCAAUUAAAGAGGCAUCUUACAUCCCAUCGAGGACCAACCCUGUAUCGUUGUGAUGAAUGUGACAAAACUUUUCAGUAUCCAAGUCAAUUGCAAAAUCACACAAUGAAACAUAAAGAUAUUCGUCCAUAUAUCUGCACUGAAUGUGGAAUGGAAUUCAUUCAAUCUCAUCACCUCAAACAACAUUCCCUGACUCACAAGGGCGUGAAGGAACAUAAAUGUGGGAUAUGUGGACGUGAGUUUACUUUGCUGGCAAACAUGAAGAGGCAUGUCCUUAUUCACACCAACAUCCGGGCUUAUCAGUGUCAUCUUUGCUUCAAGAGCUUUGUACAGAAACAAACAUUGAAGGCGCAUAUGAUUGUCCACUCUGACAUCAAACCUUUUAAAUGCAAGCUGUGUGGGAAGGAGUUUAAUCGGAUGCACAAUUUAAUGGGCCACAUGCACCUGCACUCUGACAGCAAACCAUUUAAAUGCCUUUAUUGCCCCAGCAAAUUUACUCUGAAGGGAAACCUUACUCGUCACAUGAAGGUUAAACAUGGAGUCAUGGAUGGAGGGUCUGAUUCACAAAGUUUCAGGAGGAGAGGACGUAUGGGAUUCGCACAGAGCAAUCUAAUGAAUAAUUUUGUGCAGGAAGAACCCUUUGAUCUCUCUCAAAAGAGCAGAGUAAAGAAUGUAUCCCACUCUGAUGGCGAGAGUGCUAAAGGGAGCUCUUGUCAAGAAGAGGAAGAAGACAACUACUAUACAAUAGAACAAUACAGUCCUGAUGAGUUUUGCAGAGAGGACAAAAUAUAUAUGCCAGAAGACUUGUCCCAGAAGACAGGAAGACUGAUCCAAGAUUUCAGAGACUCGGACAAUGAAGUGCUAACCAAAAGAAGGGUAAUAAAUGAGGAAGAUGAUGACUUAAUAACUCCAGAAAAUUUUAUGCAGCAUGGAACUGAAUCUAAUAAGCACAGCCCUGCUUCCAUGCAUUAUCUAUUUGAUAUCAAUGAAAAUUACAAUGACUAUUGUCUUGACAGCAGGUGCAGCCCAGUGUAAAAAUAUCAGAGAUAAUAAAAACUCAUUACCGUAAUGAUUUAGAACUCUUAAAUACAAAGGAUUUUUAUAAACAGAAUGUGGGAUGCUGGUUGAAAAUCAAAGGCAUGAGGGACACAAUAGUUUUGUCAUUUUAAUGUUUGUUUGAAUCAUGCAAUUUAUUAGUUUGCAAUUUCUCUAACCAUCAUUCACACAACCUUCACUACUGUCAAAUGGCAGAUCUGACAUUGACAAUUCAUGUAAAAACAUUGAUUCUACCCAAAUAUUAAUGCUUCAUAAAUUUUUAAACUGUUCACCAGACAGCCAUAAAUAGAUGUCACCCUCAGUAUAUUUUCUGACUGCUAUAAAAAUUGACUAUUCAUUAUAUGCACAUGUACUAAAUGUAGCCAGUUUGUAUUCUGACAAUGAUACGGAAAGAGAAAUUGUUUACUAUGUUAAUAGGAAAGGGAAUGUCCAGAGUAACUGCAGGUUUGUCAAACGGUCAGCAUGCAAAUUAAUAUUACUGUUUCUCCAGGUGUUAUUUUGAGUGCUUAUUUUGAAUGUAUCUGUCUAAAUGUACCUGUCAGUAUAAUUGCUAAUCAAAUGUUAAACAAUCACAUUUUGCUGUAUUUCUCUGGUAUAUGUUCUAGAUUUAAAAUACAACUUAAAUUAUGCCCUCCAGUGUAAACUAUCUUAUCCAAUCCAAGGAAAGAGUUCUGAGGUCUUAAAAUAUAUUCCCUGAAGUAUGAAGCAAUGCCGGAACAAUCCAAACCAGCAGCAUAAGGAGACAAUGUGCAACAAUAAAAUAAACUAUUAGUUUCAACAAAAUGUAAAGUCUCAUAUGUUUGUCAUCUGUAACUGAUCUUAAGUAAGAUAAAGAAAUGAAAGAAUGCUCUUUUACAAGGGACUUGAUUGCUUUGCUUUUCUUUGGUCCUAGUGAAGAUUUCAUUUCAAAAACUCCUACAUAAUUCAGGUCAUUCAGGAGUAAUCAUUGAUUUAGAAGCUCAGGAAUGACAAACCCACAUGAUUGCUGUGGAUUUAAGUUCCGGUGCUGGCUCAUGCUUGAAGUUUGCCAUUUAAGUAGGAAAUAAAGUAAUUUCCUUACAUCCAGUCUACAUCACACUGAUGUGGUUUAUUUAUUUCAAGGAGGCAUGGAGAAAAUCUGUAUACUCUCAUAUCUAAAGCACUACUAUAGUCUACGUCUAUUGGUGUUGAAAACUGUGGUGGAGUUAGUGUAUGCGAACACAAAACUGAGAGCAAAUGGCUGGAUGCAGGCAAUCAUGAGCUAGUUACUGGAAGGAAAUCAGACAGAGAUAUACCUUUAAACUUAAGCAUUUGUUCAGAAGGUGCUGCCACAAUAUUUUAUCAUUUAUUCAUGCACAUAUUCCUAAAUAUAUUUAAAAAGCACCAGAUAUGUGUGCUGAAAAUGAUUGUUUUUCAGUAUUUCUCAAAAAAUUAAGGGAAAUGUAGAAAAGCACAAAUAUGAAAUACAUAUAGUAAUGAUCAAACUGCUUGUAUUUAUCUUCACUGACAACAUAAGUAUAUAUUUUCUUCAUCACUUUUGUAUGUACUAUACUCUCAAGUGGGCAGUGGCUAUAUUUAUCAGAAUCACAAAAUAGUACCUGACCUGUAUGGGUUGUUAAUUCCACUCACUUUUCAAUAGUGACAAGACUAAUAGUUCCAGCAUGUUUUCAAAAUGAUUAAUAAUACAGUUGCAAUUUACAUUCCUAAUUGUUACAUAUAUUCUUUUAUAAUAUCUAUAUAAUUUACUCAAUAAAAAU